AUGUUUCUCCCCACAGCUCUCCUUGCUCUGAUCCAUCUCGCACUCCCCGCCCUUUCCCACGCAUCUCCACAACCCGCUCUCAUCUCCUCAGACUGGGAAAUGUCCUUGGUACCCCGCCAUCAACUCUUCCUUCGUCAACUGUCCAACUUGCAGACCUUCGACGGCAACCUUGGUGGGACGCGUGCAUCCGCCAUCACAAAUUCUGGAGACAAAGAACGUCCGUUCCAAGUCGACGGGGAUACGUUUACCAGUUUCGAUACUGCGGCACAGAGAAGUUGCGAUAAUCAAUUUAAAGGGUGUAGUGAUACUGCAAACAGGAGUGGAGGAGGUGGCGACAAGGGGAAGAAGGGGAAGAAGAGGCAGGAUGGCAGCGGUCUGAGCGUGAACGACUGUGACGAGCAGAAAAAUAAGUGCAACGAUGCGCAGAAGAACGCGCAAGUCAAGGACUUUAAUAGUGCAGUUGCGAGUACAAAUAUCGGGCCUGAUCCAGACUUCCCAGACUUUGAUCUCAUCUGCGAAGGGUAG